UCGGAGGGUUUUAUACGCAAAUAUCUUCCUUCUGAGGGUUUUAAAAGGACUAGAGCUGCUUUGUGACGCUCGCACUUCUUUUUCUCUGUACUUUUGCUUCUAGGGUUUUCAACUCUCUCUCUCUCUCUCAACUCUUCGCAAAUCAAACUCGAGAAUGAGCCGACACCCUGAAGUGAAGUGGGCUGAAAGAGAGGACAAGGUAUAUCUUACUGUGCUACUGCCAGAUGCAAAAAAUGCUAAGGUGAAUGUUGACCCUGAAGGAACAUUUACAUUUUCUGCCACUGCUGGGACUGACAACAACCUAUAUGAACUCAAAUUAGAUCUUCUUGAGAAAGUUAAUGUGGAGGAGUGUAAAAUAAAUAUAGGUGUGCGGAACAUAUUCUGCGUACUGGAGAAAGCAGAGAAAAAAUGGUGGGAAAAAUUGUUGCGUGGAAAUGAGAAGGCACCCCACUACGUAAAAGUAGAUUGGGAUAAAUGGGUGGAUGAAGAUGAUGAUACUGGAAAAGGUGCUCCUGCUGAUUAUGAUUUGGGUGGAAUGGAUUUUUCUAAAUUUGGUGACAUGGGCGGCAUGAUGGGCGGCAUGGGUGGCAUGAUGGAUGGCAUGGGUGGCCUAGGAGAUGAUGCUAUGGGGGAUGACUUUGAGGAUAGUGAUGAUGAAGAGGUCAAGAAGCCCGAAGAGAAGGUCAAGGAGGCACAGGGAGGAGAAGCUUCGAAGGAAAAAGCAGAACCGUUGUCAAGUACAUGAUUUGUGUGAAAUUAUUGAGAAGACUUAUACUUAUGCCAGAGUUUUCCACUUUGAUUAUUAGUUAAGCGUGUUUCUGUGAAGAAUGAUGGUCCCCUUGUCUAAAUUUUUGUACUGAUAAAGCAUUGUUAUUGUACUCUGGACGAGAUAAUCUCUCCAUCCAGUCUGUGUUGUAUUUUUAGCCGAGUUAAUGGGUCUGAGAUUUGCAAA